GGUCCUUAAACGAAUUCUCCGCCCACCCAGACACCCGGUCCACGUCCAAUUGUGGUAUUGCUCUUUAAAGGUACAUCGCUGUUGUACGAGGUCCUUACGGAUCAAUACAGAUGUAUCUCAGGCGUCACAGGCGUAAACAAGUAUUUCCAGACCAUGGCUCAAAGCUUCACUCAAGAAUAUUUCCAGAUUCCUUCCGUUACCAGAGCGUACACUACAGCUUGUGUUUUGACAACAGCUGCUGUGCAACUGGAGGUCAUCACCCCAUUUCAGCUUUAUUUCAACCCAGACCUGAUCAUUAGAAGAUAUCAGAUAUGGCGGCUGAUCACCAACUUCCUAUUUUUUGGCUCACUUGGCUUCAGUUUUUUGUUCAAUAUCAUCUUUCUAUAUCGAUAUUGCCGCAUGCUGGAGGAAGGGUCUUUCAGAGGCCGCACUGCAGAUUUCGUAUUUAUGUUCCUGUUUGGUGGUGUCCUCAUGACUUUAUUUGGCCUCUUUGCAAACCUGUUCUUCCUGGGCCAGGCAUUCACGAUCAUGUUGGUGUAUGUGUGGAGUAGGAGGAAUCCCUAUAUACGCAUGAACUUCUUCGGCCUACUGAACUUCCAGGCACCAUUUCUGCCCUGGGUGCUCAUGGGAUUCUCAUUGUUGCUUGGCAAUUCCAUUGUUGUUGACCUUCUAGGGAUUGGAGUAGGACACAUCUACUACUUUCUUGAGGAUGUGUUUCCAAACCAGCCUGGAGGCAGGAAGCUGUUGAUAACACCUGAACUGCUUCGAACUGUGUUUGACACCCCAGAGGAUGACCCUGGCUACUCCCCUCUCACUGAGGAGCCAGCCGGAGAGUUCUGGCAGGACCGUGGUGUAGACGGAGGGGAGCCCAAUGACCAGGGUCAGUAGAACGGGGACCGUCUAACCCCAAGAGACACCCACGGCCAACUGAAGAAACCAGGAGCUGUUCAGCUGCAGAUGAAGAAGCUUUACACCUCAGAGGGAUGCAAAUGAAGAGGGCAAGAACAUAUCUUUCCAAUCCAGUGUCCACUGGGACUAACCGUAGUGCUUCGUCUUCAUCCUGCAGACAUCUGGGCCAGUAACUAGAAAUGUCUAUUGCAAUCGGAGGCCGAUGAGGAAUGCAACCUUAACACUACCGCAUGCAUCUCUGGCUGUGGUACUAAUGGCACACGUGAGUUCAAACAGCAAACAGAUGCAAACUACAUUCUUGUUGCAUCUUUGUGGCCCUUCCUCUCUGUUGGGGUCAACACAAGGCCCUGUGGUGCUACUCGACUCGCUCAAAUCUGCCGACUAUCUGAAAUCCUUUACCCAGGAACCUGCACCGUCUGCACUUUCCGACUAUUGCCUUUGUGGGUGAAGCAUUGGUGCCAAAUAGAAAUAGCUUAGUACAUCAGCAACAGCUGUGUUGUGCUGGGUGUUGUACGCAUGAACAAUGCAUGCCAAUUCCAAAAAUGUAUAAUAUACCAAACAACCAUCUGUACACUAAAUUAGUUAGCUAACCUUUCAUCUGAUUGCAUGGUCACAUUGGUUUAAUUACAUUCAAAGACAUGACAUUUAAAACAUUUUACAUAACGAUAAAGCAAUGAAGAUCAUUUAACUUUUAUUUUCGUAAGAAUUAUUCAAAUGUACAAAAAGACAAAUACAACAUAAUAUUUUC